CCCACCACAGUACGAGCACCCAAGAGAGCCGAGAGAGAUCGCCUACUCCCAAAUCCAGCGCUUUCUACUCUCAUCUCUCGGUUCUCUCGCCGUUCUCCGCUCGGUUGACAGAGGAGAGGAUAGAAUGGGCAGCAUCGCCUCCGAGGAGCGGACGGUCACCGGCUGGGCCGCCAGGGACGCCGACGGCCACCUCUCCCCCUACACCUACACCCUCAGGAAGACAGGCCCUGAAGAUGUGCUGGUGAAAGUUCUGUACUGCGGCAUCUGCCACACGGACAUCCACCAGGCCAAGAACCACCUUGGCGCUUCCAAGUACCCCAUGGUUCCCGGGCAUGAAGUGGUGGGCGAGGUGGUGGAGGUCGGCGGCGAGGUGAGCAAGUACUCGGCCGGCGACGUGGUGGGCGUCGGUGUGAUCGUGGGUUGCUGCCGCGAGUGCCGGCCGUGCAAGGCCAGCGUGGAGCAGUACUGCAACAAGAGGAUCUGGUCCUACAACGACGUCUACACCGACGGCCGCCCCACGCAGGGCGGCUUCUCCUCCGCCAUGGUCGUCGACCAGAAGUUCGUGGUGAGGAUCCCGGCGGGGCUGGCGCCGGAGCAGGCGGCGCCGCUGCUGUGCGCGGGGGUGACGGUGUACAGCCCGCUGAAGCACUUCGGGCUGAUGUCCCCGGGCCUCCGGGGCGGCAUCCUGGGCCUGGGCGGCGUGGGCCACAUGGGCGUGAAGGUGGCCAAGUCCAUGGGCCACCACGUGACCGUCAUCUCCUCGUCGGGCAAGAAGCGGGCCGAGGCCAUGGACGACCUGGGCGCCGACGCGUACCUCGUCAGCUCCGACGCCGACCAGAUGGCGGCGGCCGCCGACUCGCUGGACUACGUCAUCGACACCGUCCCCGUGAAGCACCCGCUGGAGCCUUACCUGUCGCUGCUCAAGAUGGACGGGAAGCUUGUCCUGAUGGGCGUCAUCGGGGAGCCGCUCAGCUUCGUGUCCCCCAUGGUGAUGCUCGGGAGGAAGUCCAUCACGGGGAGCUUCAUCGGGAGCAUGGAGGAGACGGAGGAGGUGCUCAAGUUCUGCGUCGAGAAAGGGCUUACUUCUCAGAUCGAGGUCGUCAAGAUGGACUACCUCAACGAGGCGCUCGAGAGGCUCGAGCGCAACGACGUGCGCUACCGCUUCGUCGUCGACGUCGCCGGGAGCAAGAUCGAGGAUGCCGCCUGAUCGAUCGGUCGUCUUGACGAGCCGGCGGACGGAGCUAGGUAGAGUGCGUGCGUGCGUGCUAUGAGAGUGUACCUGUCACGGGUUCCUGAACUUUGAUGCAGUGCGUGGGCCGUGGGCAAGCUUGUGAGCUGUGAAAAUUGACGCGUAUUUCUGCGUGUGCCUGUCUUUUGUUUCCUUUCAAAUGGAUGUUCGAUGUAAACUGGGCCUUAAUAACGAUAUUGGGUUGUCAACCUUGCUUUCA